GGCGUCACAAGCACGUGACGUUCAGCUGCUUACAGGCGCAGGAAGAGUCUGAUCUAUCAAAAUCACACAUACAUCUGUAAUGUUUUCAAUGUAGAGGGACGUCAGGUGGAGGGAUGUUUUAUUCCAACUAAACAGGUGGUCGUUGAGCAUCAUUUGAGUCAUGCAGCCCCUCAGAGAUGCCGAACUGGGAGCUUCUACUUUUUUUGCCUCUCCUCUUCCUCAUGAUGUGUGUGGAAGCAAUGGACUUCCUCUUACCCCCAACUCCAUCAAGAUCCUGGGCCGCUUCCAGAUCCUUAAGACUAUCACUCAUCCCAGACUCUGCCAGUAUGUGGACAUCACACGAGGAAAACAUGAACGUCUGGUUAUCGUGGCCGAGCAUCAUGAGAAGAGCCUGAAGGACCUUUUGAAGCAGUGGAAACCUGUCAGCCCGGAGAAGGUGUUGAAGAUUGCCUAUGAAGUGCUAGAAGGUUUGGAUUUCAUGAAUAAACAUGGUAUGGUGCACCGCGCGCUGUCCUUGCAGAACGUUCUUCUGGAUCGUGAGGAUAAAGUGAAGCUGGCCAAAUUCGGCCUGUAUCAUAUGACCAACCAUGGAGCAGAUGUCGACUUCCCCAUUGGGUAUCCAUCUUACCUGCCUCCGGAGGUUAUAGCUCAAGGCUGUUUUUAUCCCAGCGAGCCUUCGAUUGCAGAGGCCCCUCUUCCCUCAGGGCCCAAAACAGACAUUUGGUCCCUGGGUGUCAUCCUGUUUGAACUCUGUGUGGGAAGGCAGAUUCUACAGAACAUAGACAUCAGUGAGAGAAUGAAAUUUAUCAUCACUUUAGGAUGCAUGGAUGACAUAAUCACUGUUUUAGCAGAGGAACACGGGUGCUUGGAUACAAUUAAGGAGCUGCCCGAAACUCUGCAGGCGUUAUUGAGAAAAUGCCUGAUGUUUCUCCCUUCAAAAAGACCCACCCCAGCUGAUCUUCUAGGUGAUUCGGUGUUUGAGAGCAUCGCCUGUCAGUAUAAACCCUAUCAUAGCCCCGUGCGUCUGUUUUCCUCUACUCCCCGCUGUGCCCAUCUUGAGCUUCCAGAGGACAUCAGCGAGCUCUGGAAAGAUGAAGGAGAAAAUAACCUAGCAGAGCGAGCUAUAGAUGAGGUUUAUCAUCUGUGGUGCCUGGCAGGAGGAGACCUGGAGAAAGAGCUGACCAAUCAGGAGAUCAUCCAAUCCAAACCUCCAGUCUGCACCCUACCCAAGUUUAUUUUUGAAGACGGGGAAUCUUUCGGCCAAGGUCGAGACAGAAGUUUUCUGCUGGAUGACACGACUGUGACACUUUCUCUCUAUCAGCUCAAAAAUAGGCUGAAGGAUGUCGCUGGAGAGACGUACUAUCCCUUAUUAGAGGACGAGCAAUCCAGUCUGCCUCAGUCUAACAGCAGUAAUGAACUGUCCGCCACGGUCACACUUCCUCUCAUUAUCCGCGAGAGAGACACCGAGUACCAGCUGACCCGCAUUGUCCUCUUCGACAGACUGCUCAAGGCAUACACUUACAAAAAGAACCAGAUUUGGAAGGAGGCACGGGUGGAUAUUCCCCCUCUUCUAAGAGGUCUGGCUUGGGCGGCUUUACUAGGAGUUGAGGGGGAUAUCCAAUCGAAAUACGACAGCAUUGAUAAGGACACGCCCAUCCCGACUGACAGACAGAUUGAAGUGGACAUCCCACGUUGCCACCAGUAUGAUGAACUGCUCUCGUCGCCUCAGGGUCACGUCAAGUUUCGCCGUGUCCUCAAGGCCUGGGUGGUGUCCCAUUCUGACCUGGUCUACUGGCAAGGCUUGGAUUCACUCUGUGCACCUUUCCUGUACCUAAAUUUCAACAAUGAAGCUCUUGCGUACGCUUGUAUGUCGGCCUUCAUCCCCAAAUAUCUGUACAACUUCUUCCUGAAGGACAAUUCUCAUGUUAUACAAGAAUAUCUGACCGUCUUCUCUCAGAUGAUUGCUUUCCACGACCCCGAGCUGGGCAACCACCUCAAUGAGAUCGGAUUUAUACCGGAUCUGUACGCAAUCCCGUGGUUCCUUACUAUGUUCACCCAUGUGUUCCCGCUACACAAGAUCUUUCACCUCUGGGAUACGCUGUUGUUGGGAAACUCCUCCUUUCCCUUUUGCAUUGGUGUAGCUAUUCUCCAACAGCUCAGAGAUCGACUGCUGGCCAAUGGCUUCAAUGAGUGCAUCCUGCUCUUUUCAGACUUGCCCGAGAUAGACAUUGAGCGAUGUGUCCGAGAAUCCAUCAACCUUUUCUGCUGGACUCCUAAAAGUGCCACUUAUCGGCAACAUGCCCAGCCUGCCAAACCUGCCAAUGACAGCAACAGCUUCGGGAAAACACCCUCCUUUUACUCUUCGGAAUAUCAGGACCUGCCCAAAACCGACCUGAGUCGCGAGCCGCUGAAGUUAAGCGAUUUAAAAUUGGAGGCGUCUCCACGCAUCUCUGUUGAAGACAUCAUUGACCUGUGUGAGCUGAGCGGACCGGCUUCCUUCAAGACUCCUUUAAAAAGAGCCAGAACCGGAAAACCCAAGAUCCUGGCAGUGGACAUCCGCAGCCUUGAGGAAUUCAGUCGUGGUCACAUCCCGGGAAGCAUCAACAUUCCGUACACAUCCAUGUUUGGUCCGGAUGGGGAGCUGCUCCAGUGCCCUGCCACUGGCGUGCUGACCGGUUAUAAAUUUCGUGUUAUUGUCAUCAUCAGCAACAUCAUGAAGAAUGCUACCACGUUUGCAGCUCACCUGGUGAAGGUGAAUUUUCCACGUGUUUGUGUCUUGGAUGGCGGUAUGAACAAGAUGAAGUCGACCGGCCUGUUGACAGUCCCGUCUCCACAGAUAUAGCAGUGUGUUUUUAUUUCAAGGAAAAUGUGAAACAUUUCAUGUAUUUAUAUUGUCACAAAACAAGCUGUUUUUUUUUCUGCCAGACCGUGUCCAGAAUUCCUUUAGGUCAUUUUGCAUUUUAAACAAAGCUUGAAUUUGAAUAACAAAUCUGCACUGUAGUAUUUUAUUAUGCAGGAGAGAAAUCUCUGGGACCAAAAAAUGAUGAAAUAAAUGUAAAUAAAUAAAAAACUUAACUGUU